CCUCCGCCUCGCCUCCCGGCCAAGAUGCUUCCCCGGGCGGGCUCGGCCUGGCCGCUGCUGCCGUUCCCCGCCGCCCCCUCGCCCCUAGGCCCCUUGGGGCAAAGCUUCCUCAUCGAGAACCUGCUGCGGGGCGGCGGAGGGGCUGCUGCCCGGACCCCGCUCGGACUCCCCGCCAGCCCCGUCCCGCUCCGCUUCGGACCCUCCGGCGGGUGGGAGGCGCCUCCCCACGCCGCCCAGCGGGAAGCCUCCCACCCAGCUCUUCCGAAGCACUUUUUCUUGAGAGCCCCGCUGGUCUAUUCGCCGUGCUGCGGUGGGUCCUGUCAACACCCGGCAUCUCCCACUGUUUUUCCAAGACAAGAAAGUGUUCUGCCUCUUCUAACCCAGGAUUCCAGAUCUCGGAGAGGCAUUUUAAGAAGAGCUGUUUUUUCUGAAGAGCAAAGGAAAGCUUUGGAGAAAAUGUUUCAGAAACAGAAAUAUAUCAGCAAAUCAGACAGGAAGAAAUUGGCCCUUGGUCUUGGCCUGAAAGAGUCACAGGUCAAAAUUUGGUUUCAGAAUCGGAGGAUGAAAUGGCGAAAUUCCAAAGAAAAAGAAGUCCUUUCAAACCGAUGCCUACCAGAGGAUGGUCUUCAAGAAGCCUACCUUUCAAAGUCUUCUUUCAAUUUUACUUCUUCACCAUGUCCUGCAUGGGAGAUGUCUGAACAGCAGCCAAGUUCAAAAUGGCAGAAUCUUCCAGAAUAUUCAGAGAGAUUGAAUAGUAGCAGUAAUAGUUUGCGGUUACCUACAAGAACAAGCACAUUGUAUUUGCAUCAGCAGCAAGGUACUGAAGGCAAGGCAGUAGCACUUAUGGAGUAAAGCAAUGGUAUACUAUAGACUUCAGAUAAACUCCAGACUAACUUUAUUUCAUAUUAGCAGAAGUGCACAGCCUUGCAAAUGUUGGACUAGGCCUUAGUUUGACAUGCUAAGUCCUCAAGCAAAGCUAUGCAGCUGUAACAAUUGGACCCCUUUGCCCUCUUCACAAGUGAUGUCUCAGCUGUUGGAGCUACUUUUAUGAUGCACUGAUAAGAGAAACCUUAGUGAGUUCUGCCCACGCUAUGCCUUUGCAGAGAGGAGUUGCUUCAACUGCAGGAGGAAAUGGGAUAGCCCUACACAGAAAAAAUCUUGCAUAAUUUUCCCUUGCCUUUAGACAGUAACAAUGGCAAAGCACAGGCCGGCAAAGGAAGACUGCUAUCUAGUGACUGAAAUUGGUACUACAAGCUUCAUUGGAUGAGAAUUAAUACAUUUUAAACAUGAAACAGCCUUUAGGUGCACAUUCUUUGGAUUCUGUUGGUAUGCAAGGAGAACUUCAGAUGACUAGGUUUCAGCAUUUUGGAAUAAUGUCUGUGACAGAUUCAGGAGAGAGUCUUAUUCUUAUAGAUUGGCAAUGCAUUCAUUUAUAUGUGCAAAUGUUUUCUAAAAUAAAAUUUAAAACAUACCACCAAAUAUUAAUGGUUUAAGGAAAACUCAGUAUCAGGCUUCCCUUGUGUUCCUUCUGACUUUGAAUAGUAAGUAAACUUGAGCAGGACCUAAUUUCAAAACCUUAACAUAUUGUGGUAAUUAUAAAAGUGAAAAAUGUUCUAUUAAAUGUGACGCCUCUGCUUUUCCAA